CUUGCCACAUCCCCAUCUGACUAGCAGCCAUUCAUCAGGCUGGCCGGCCUAUCAAUGACAUUUCUCCCAUCAGGGCUCCUAUAAAAUGACGCUUUUUCCCAUGAAACAUCCGCAAACAUUUUGACGGCUCUGGCGUUGCCCUGUUGGAUUUACUGAGGAUCUCUCCCUCUCUCUCUUCUCCCCCCUUCCUUCUCUCUCUCUUUCUCUCCCCCCUCUCACCCCCUUUCUAACCUCCACCCCCCCACACACCAGCACACCUCCUUCUCCCUCUUUUCUUUCGCCGGCAUCUCUGAGCAAAAACAGGGGAACUCCACCAAACUUCAGGACUUUGGAGGCUCCUGCACUGUCCAUGGGAACAGCAUGCAUUGUGGGUUGCUGGAGGAACCUGACAUGGAUUCCACAGAGAGUUGGAUUGAAAGAUGUCUCAGUGAAAGUGAAAACAAACGUUAUUCCAGUCAUACAUCUCUGGGGAAUGUUUCUAAUGAUGAAAAUGAGGAGAAAGAGAAUAACAAAGCAUCCAAACCACAUUCCACUCCAGCUACUCUGCAAUGGCUGGAGGAGAACUACGAAAUCGCAGAAGGUGUCUGCAUUCCUCGAAGCGCCCUUUAUAUGCACUAUUUGGACUUCUGCGAGAAAAACGACACACAGCCAGUCAAUGCUGCCAGCUUUGGAAAGAUAAUAAGGCAGCAAUUUCCGCAGUUAACAACAAGAAGACUUGGAACCAGAGGCCAGUCAAAGUACCAUUACUAUGGGAUUGCAGUAAAAGAAAGCUCCCAGUAUUAUGACGUGAUGUAUUCUAAGAAAGGAGCAGCCUGGGUCAAUGAAACAGGAAAAAAAGAAGUCACCAAACAGACAGUGGCGUAUUCACCACGAUCCAAACUGGGGACGUUGCUGCCAGAGUUUCCAAAUGUCAAAGAUCUAAAUCUGCCAGCCAGCUUGCCAGAGGAGAAGGUGUCCACUUUUAUUAUGAUGUACAGAACACACUGUCAGAGGAUACUCGACACUGUAAUAAGAGCCAACUUUGACGAGGUUCAAAGUUUUCUUCUGCACUUUUGGCAAGGGAUGCCACCUCACAUGCUUCCUGUAUUGGGUUCUUCCACAGUAGUAAACAUUGUUGGAGUUUGCGAUUCAAUAUUGUACAAAGCUAUUUCCGGAGUCUUGAUGCCAACGGUGUUGCAGGCGUUACCUGAUAGCUUGACACAGGUGAUACGCAAGUUUGCCAAACAACUGGACGAGUGGCUAAAAGUAGCUCUUCAUGACUUGCCGGAAAACCUACGAAAUAUCAAGUUUGAGCUAUCCAGAAGGUUUUCUCAAAUUCUUCGGAGACAGACAUCCUUAAAUCAUCUUUGUCAGGCCUCAAGAACCGUGAUCCACAGUGCGGACAUCACAUUCCAAAUGCUGGAAGACUGGAGGAAUGUGGACCUUAACAGCAUUACCAAACAAACGCUAUACACCAUGGAAGACUCGCGGGAGGAGCACAGGAAACUUAUAAUACAAUUAUAUCAAGAGUUUGAUCACCUUCUGGAAGAGCAGUCGCCCAUUGAAUCCUACGUGGAAUGGCUGGAUUCCAUGGUGGACAGAUGCGUCGUAAAGGUAGCUGCUAAGAGACAAGGCUCUUUGAAGAAAGUUGCUCAGCAAUUCCUCUUGAUGUGGUCUUGUUUUGGCACCAGGGUUAUUCGGGACAUGACGUUGCACAGUGCUCCCAGCUUCGGAUCUUUUCACCUUAUUCACCUGAUGUUUGAUGACUACGUAUUGUACCUGUUAGAAUCACUCCAUUGCCAGGAAAGAGCCAAUGAGCUCAUGAGGGCAAUGAAAGGAGAAGGAGGAACAGUGGAAGUACGAGAAGAGAUAAUACUGGCAGAACCAGUUCCUCCAAGUCCUUCCCCAGUGCCUUUCUCUCCAGCUAAAUCUGCCACCUCAGUGGACGUCCCAUCUGCACCCUCGCCUGUAAGCAACCAGUCUCCGGAGUAUGUUGGCAUAGCAACGACAACAGGGGCCAUGCAGUCUUAUACAUGGUCUCUCACAUACACUGUAACAACAGCUGCUGGGUCACCUGCUGAAAACUCUCAACAACUGCCUUGUAUGAGAAACCCUCAUGUGCCUCCUUCAUCCGUCACACACAGAAUACCUGUUUAUCCACACAGAGAAGAACACGGGUACACAGGGAGCUAUAACUACGGCAGCUAUGGAAACCAGCACCCCCACCCAAUGCAGAGCCAGUAUCCAUCCCUUCCCCACGAAGCCACUAUUUCCGCACCCCUCCAUUACUCUGCUUAUCACAGAAGCUCUUCGCAGUACCCCUUCAACAGCCCGUCGUCCCGGAUGGAGCCGUGCUUGAUGGGCAGCACCCCAAGACUGCAUCCAACCCCAGUGACUGCUCGCUGGCCGGAAGUGCCCUCCGCAAAUGCUUGCUACACAAGCCCACCCAUGCACUCCACGAGAUAUGGAAAUUCCAGUGACAUCUACACGCCGUUGACCACACGGAGGAAUUCCGAAUAUGAGCACAUGCAACACUUUCCUGGCUUUGCCUAUAUCAAUGGGGAAGCCACCACAGGAUGGGCAAAAUGAAAAUGACUUGGUAAAUAGUAUCAGCCUUACAUAUUUAAUAAAGACAGACACACAAAAACUUUUCAAUGCCUGGCUUGUAGGUUAACAGAACUCCUACAUGGGCCUUUUUAAUGGCUAUGAAGAUUGAAAAGAUCCUGGACACGAAAGUAUAAGUAAAGUAGAAAGGUAAAGGACCCCCUGGAUUGUUAAGUCCAGUCAAAUUCAACUAUGAGGUGCGGCGCUCAUCUCCGCUUUC